ACCUGAAACUUCUCGAUUCUACGUUCGCUAGACAGUUUCUGGACGUGUAGCGAUCGAGAUCGGCAGUAACCAUCAUCGAUCGCAUCCAGCCUGUCGGAUUCCCGUUCUGGAAUCCUCGGAACAUUGUUUCCCCGACCGUCCAAAAAUAUUGGGAUCAAUGACCGAGAGAUCUAUUCUAUUCCCAGGCAAUCUCUGGUCAGCGCGCUCAAAGAUGCCUCCGAGGAAUCGAGGUCGAAAUACCUUGGGUCAAGGUCUCGAUCGUGAGAUCUACCAAAUUGUGCGCAAGAUCGUCGACGAGCAGCAGCCCGAAGGAGGCCGUCUGCGUGUCUCUGCAGCAGUUAUUUAUGAAACUAUCAAGCGGUCCAACUCUAGUUUGAACCGAAAACCGAAGAAGCUUCUUGAAGAUAGUAUAGAGAGGGUCUUGGAGGUGAUAAAGACCGAUAUUAUCGGUGAUGAAUCGGACUCUGUAGAUGGGGAUUUCGAGGGCCUGGAUGACAAGUCUGCGCCAGCUAUUCAAGAUUCCAAUGGCAUGAACCGAAGCAUCGUGGGCAUGUGGUCUACGGCCUCGAAAUCGCAAAAGUCGGCCGAAUCUAUGGGCACGGAGCAGGCUCCUGCAUCAACAACGGUCCCAAACAAAAGACGACAGCAUGCGGGCGAGUCUGCUCCGAAACGGCGCAAGGCCGAAGCUAUUGAUCGAUCGCCGCCGACUCAUGUGAGCCUGGCAGAUUUGGGUGGAAUGGAUGAUGUGAUGCAAGAGCUGGCCGACUUGCUUAUUCUGCCGAUGACUCGUCCUCAGGUCUACAUGUCUUCGAAUGUUCAGCCUCCGCGAGGUGUUCUACUGCAUGGACCGCCUGGUUGCGGUAAGACUAUGAUCGCAAAUGCUUUUGCUGCUGAUUUGGGCGUUCCCUUUAUUGCCGUGUCUGCGCCGUCAAUUGUGUCUGGAAUGUCUGGAGAGUCAGAGAAGGCUCUGCGCGAGCAUUUCGAGGAAGCGAAGAAGAUGGCUCCUUGUCUUAUUUUUAUUGACGAGAUCGAUGCUAUAACACCGAAGAGAGAGAGUGCACAGAGGGAGAUGGAGAAGCGAAUAGUCGCUCAGCUUCUGACGUGUAUGGAUGAUUUGGCGCUUGAUAAGACUGACGGCAAACCUGUUAUUGUGCUGGCUGCCACCAAUCGCCCAGAUAGUUUGGAUCCUGCCCUGAGACGGGGAGGCAGAUUCGACAAGGAAAUCAAUCUCAGUGUGCCAUCGGAACCUGUGAGAGAACAGAUUCUUCGUGCAUUGACUCGAAAGAUGCAACUCGCAGACGACCUUGAUUUCAAAACUCUCGCUAAGAGAACCCCGGGUUUCGUGGGUGCCGACUUAAACGACUUGGUCUCCACGGCCGGCUCUGCCGCUAUCAAACGGUAUCUUGAGAUCCUGAGAGCCAAUACCGGCGAAGAAAUGGAGAUCGAAGAAGUGGUGGACGAAGUGAGCCCUAAGGUCAAGGAACUACGACGUCUCAUCAAGCACGCUAAAGAGACACCGAUAGGAGACGAGACCCAGACUGUUCUCGUCUCUAACGCUGACUUCUUCACGGCUCUUCCGAAGAUCCAGCCGUCAUCUAAACGUGAAGGUUUCGCCACUAUUCCAGACACCACGUGGGCAGACAUUGGUGCUCUGGGAGGUAUCCGCGACGAGCUGGCAACGGCUAUUGUUGAGCCCAUCAAGAACCCCGACAUAUACGCCCAAGUUGGUAUCACGGCACCUACCGGUGUCCUUCUCUGGGGUCCUCCUGGUUGCGGUAAGACACUGCUUGCUAAGGCAGUUGCCAAUGAGUCUCGCGCGAACUUCAUCAGCGUCAAAGGACCCGAACUUCUCAACAAGUACGUCGGUGAAUCAGAACGUGCUGUCCGACAAGUCUUCCUCCGCGCUCGCUCAUCAAUACCUUGCGUCAUCUUCUUCGACGAGCUGGACGCAUUAGUCCCUCGUCGAGACGACACUUUAUCCGAAGCCUCCGCCCGAGUCGUCAAUACCCUGCUCACUGAGCUUGACGGUCUGGGCAGCAACCGCCAAGGAAUCUAUGUUAUUGCCGCCACCAACCGUCCAGACAUCAUCGACCCAGCUAUGCUGCGUCCCGGCCGUCUGGAAACUCUUCUCUUUGUCAACCUACCCGGUCCCGAGGAACGCGUCGAGAUCCUGCAGACUUUGGUCCGCAACCUCCCGAUUGAAUUCUCUGAUGAGCUACGCAGACUCGCAGAAGAAUGCGAAGGUUACAGUGGUGCAGAUCUGGGCAGUCUGCUCCGCAGAGCCGGUUACUCGGCUAUUAAGAGGCGGGAUACGAUCAAAUUCGAGGAUUUCGUUGCCGCAAAGUCGUUUAUUAGACCCAGUGUGACUGAUAUGAAGAAGUACGAGAAGUUGAAGAGAGAUUGGAGUGGUGGUGUCGUGUAGAUAUUUAACAUCACAUCAUGAUUUUGUUCCUUUUCCCGAUCAAGCGAGAUGAUUAUCGAGUCUUACAUAUAUAUAUAUAUCUUAAGACUCUUUGAAUGCAUAUAUUUUUCAAAAGUUUCGCUUGCUUUCCUUCUGUAAGGAUUUGUGGUGUAUUCAAGAAGCCAUUUGCUGCGCUAUAUUAUUUACGAAUGGAAAGGCAUAAAGUAUGGCUUAGCCUCAGGAAGAGACGGAGAGAGAUUACAGAAC